GAGGCGUAAAGGGCACCUAUUAUUUUUGACGUAUGCUGGUCCUGGUCUGAGGGUGUGUUUACAUCUGUGUUAUAGCAUUUUAUCGAACGGACCAACAUCUGAAACAUCAGCAUCAUGUUCCACGGGAUAGCAGGCAGUGGAGGAGUCGGGUCAGCUCCAGCUAACAAACCUGAGUUGUAUGAGGAGGUCAAACUGUACAAAAACGCACGGGAACGAGAAAAGUAUGACAACAUGGCCGAGUUGUUUGCUGUUGUAAAGACCUUGCAGGCAUUGGAGAAGGCUUACAUCAAAGACUGCGUAUCCCCCAGCGAGUACACGGCUUCCUGCUCCAGACUCUUGGUUCAGUAUAAAGCUGCUUUCAAACAGGUGCAAGGCUCUGAUGUGGGCUCCAUCGAUGAAUUCUGCAGGAAGUACAGACUUGACUGCCCACUUGCAAUGGAGAGGAUUAAGGAAGAUCGACCAAUUACCAUCAAAGACGAUAAGGGCAACCUGAACCGUUGCAUCGCAGAUAUAGUUUCUCUCUUCAUCACUGUUAUGGACAAGUUGAGACUGGAGAUCAGAGCCAUGGAUGAGAUCCAACCAGACCUGAGAGAGCUGAUGGAAACCAUGAACAGGAUGAGCAACAUGCCUCCAGACUCUGAGGCAAAGGACAAAGUGAACCUCUGGUUGACCACCCUUAGCAGCAUGUCUGCCUCAGAUGAGCUGGAUGAUAACCAGGUCCGCCAGAUGCUCUUCGAUCUGGAAUCAGCCUACAACGCCUUCAACCGCUUCCUCCACUCUUCCUAAAGCUUUUGUCUAACAUAGAUCUUAACUUUUGGAACUCUGGUUAAGUUAAAAAUAAACGCUACUUUUCCCUGCUUGUUCCGGCACGGAGUGAGCUUAUAUCUGAACAGUUUUUCAGUCACUCUCUUGCCAGUUUCUGUAAGUCUAGUUUCUGUUAUUUUAUUAGGUUUGGUGCAGUUUACAUUCCACUGCCUUGUAAUAUCCCCUGUUUCUGGUACAUCAUGCUGCCUACUGCCUUCUGCCUCUUUUUGGCUCUUUGUGUUUGGCCAUGUCAGGGCAGUUUACAAGUUUGGCAAAGCAUUAACCAAGAAUCGUUUCUGAGAAAAGUUCAGCAGCCGAAGUCUAUACAUUACUUUAAGAGUAUCCUGUAUGUGUUUUAAAGCCUUUGGGUUUGUUCUGUUUGUCAUGGUUCAUCUCAUAUUGAUUCUUUCUGUGUGUGGGUCCUCUAAAAGCAUUUGUAGACAGAAAAGAGCAGUCUUAGGCUACUGUUCUUAUAUUUUAUCACUUUUCAGCAAAAAAAAUGAUUAAAUCGUAUCUGGUGAUUAUUUAACUUCUCAUCUAUUUAACUAUAACAUUGAUGCUUAGUGGGAAGGAUUUAUUUUGAUCACAUAUUUUUCUCAUCCUGUAACAUGUCUAAUCCAUUUUUUUUAGAAGGAAGAGUUAGAGUUGAAAUUUACAGAGAAAAACUCAUGUUGCUGGCUAA